AUGGGAUCAGUGGGACAGAGGGAGGAGAAGAGGCAAGGGUCCCUACAGGGGGAGCACCAGCGCAGACUGUACAAGGAGCUGAUGGCCAACUACAACCGUCUGGAGAGACCAGUGAUCAACGACUCCUCUCCUCUUCUGGUGGAGCUGGGAAUGACUCUGCUGCAGAUCAUAGACGUGGAUGAGAAGAACCAGGUCCUGAUGACCAACGCAUGGUUACAGCUGUACUGGACUGAUGUGUACCUGAGCUGGAAUCCAGAGAACUACCCCGGGGUUCAGAACCUACGUUUCCCCUCCAGCCAGAUCUGGACCCCUGACAUCCUCCUCUACAACAGUGCUGAUGAGAGAUUUGAUGCCACCUUCCACACCAACGUGCUGGUGAAUGCGUCGGGUUACUGCCAGUACAUCCCCCCGGGCAUCCUGAAGAGUACCUGCUAUAUUGACGUACGCUGGUUCCCCUUCGACGUCCAGAAGUGUGACCUGAAGUUUGGCUCGUGGACCCACAACGGCUGGCUGCUGGACCUGCAGAUGCUGGACGUGGACACGUCUACCUACAUACCCAAUGGAGAGUGGGACCURGUGGGAGUCCCUGCCAAGCGUAAUGAGCUGUACUAUGACUGCUGUAAGGAGCCCUACCCUGACGUCACCUUCACCGUCACCAUGCGAAGACGAACCCUCUACUACGGUCUCAACCUGCUCAUCCCCUGUGUCCUCAUCUCUGGCCUGGCCCUGCUGGUCUUUCUGCUGCCCGCCGACUCCGGAGAGAAGAUCUCCCUGGGUAUCACGGUCUUGCUAUCUCUAACAGUCUUCAUGCUACUGGUUGCUGAGAUCAUGCCCGCCACCUCAGACUCUGUGCCUCUCAUCGCUCAGUACUUUGCCAGUACAAUGAUGAUAGUGGGUCUGUCUGUGGUGGUGACUGUUCUGGUCCUGCAGUUCCAUCACCACGACCCACAGGGCGGCAAGAUGCCCAGAUGGGUCAGGGUGGUGCUGUUGAACUGGUGUGCAUGGUUUCUGCGAAUGAAACAGCCAGGUGAGGAGCGCAAACCCGCUGGCUACCAGUACCGCCACCCUCCCCAGCAACAUUCCAGCGCCAGCUCCAUCGAGAUGGGACCUAUGGGCACCGUGAUGGGCCUCACCCCGCCCCUCUCCCAGGCCCCCUGCCCCACUGGCACUUCCAACGGCAGCAUAGGCCUCUACUUCAGCUACAACGCUGUGGAGAGCCCCCGCUGUCCCAGCGACUCAGGCGUGGCAUCGGGGGGACUGGCCCAAGGGACCCCCUGCGAGGAGGCUGAGCCCCCAGGGGGAGGUGCUGGAAGAGGGAGAGGAGGUGGUGGAGGAGGAGGAGGGGGGUUGAUCUUUACUCCUCCAGAAGUCUUUCAGAUCCUGGAGGAGGUGUCGUAUAUCGCCCAGCGCUUCAGGGACCAGGAUGAGGAAGUGGCGAUCUGCAGCCAGUGGAAGUUUGCUGCUGCCGUGGUGGACAGGCUGUGUCUGGUGGCCUUCACUCUGUUCUCCAUCAUCGGCACUUUCACCAUCCUCAUGUCUGCUCCCAACUUCUUGGAGGCCGUGACCAAGGACUAUCUAAAGAAAUAGUGUCAAUAUAUUAAACCGUAUAGGCCAGUUUCCCCAGACACAGAUUAAGCCUAGGCCUAGACUAAGAACCACUUUCAAUGGAGAAUCUCCAUUCAGCAUGCUUUGUAGUACAGGACUAGGCCAAUGCUCUGUACGGGAAACAAGCCUUACAUGUUCUAUCCAGAUUAAUCCGGAGUAUAUUUGAGAACAUCAAUUUUAAUGUAAAUAGAUGUACACUGAACAUCAAUGCAAGGGUUCUCCAUAGUCCCUCUCCUCUGCUUAGAUCCAGCUUAACUGAGGUUGUUCCUGUUUGUUGCCAUGCCAUCCAGAUAUCUCAUUGUAAUAUCUACUCGACCUUUGAACUUUGGAUUCCUGGGCAUGCAUUCUACAACAUUUAGAACUUUACUGGACAUUCUGGACUUUGUGACAUUAUGUAGCAUUGUUAAAGUGUGUAAAUACAGAGAUGUUUCACUGUGACUAUGACCUUCUUAUCGUAUUCUAACCAUUUUACUUUCACUAUAUUAUAAGUUUGCGUACUGUACAUACACACCGUUUACUUUUUGCUUGUCGAUUCUAAAUAGCAGCUAACUUUGUCACAGGUGUAGAAGUAGUUAGGUGUUCUCUAGGUCCACAAAUGACGUCAUUAACUCUGACAUUGACUGUGCCACUCUGUGAUGACAUUGAAUGAUUUGUGACGUCAUGGUGUAAGACUCACAUGUACAUUAGAAGAGGACUCAAUCUUCAACAACCUGCAACAACAGGAGCUAUGGAAACAAACCACUGGACAAAGACAAGACCAUGCGACUAUCAGUGGAUACUGAACUACUGCACCGGCUACUAGACGGAAGAAACUCCUGCUGAGACGGAGGCUGUCCUAAUAUAAAAGGGUGGCGGGUAGCCUAGCGGUUAAGAGUGUUGGGCCAGUAACCGAAAGGUUGCUGGUUUGAAUCCCAGAG